UGUUCGCGAGCCCCCGGCGCGAGCCCGCGGGGGAGGGGACGGAGGCCCAGGCAACGCACCGCAGGCUCCCCCACGUCGCUCCUCCUCGUUGCUCCGCACCUGGCCUAGCGGGUCUGCGGGCCGAGGCCGCCGCCUCCCAGGGGACCAGAUGGCCUCGGAAGGCCUGGCGGAGGAGCUGGAAGCGGUGCUGGGGGGUCAGGGGCUGCGUGUGCAGAGCUGGGACUCGGAGCCGGCCGGGGAGCCGCGGGCACCCGUGCGGCUGCGGAGGAACGUCUGCUACGUGGUGCUGGCCGUGUUCCUCAACGAGCAGGAUGAGGUGCUCAUGAUCCAGGAGGCCAAGAAAGAAUGCUAUGGGUCGUGGUACCUGCCCGCGGGGCGAAUGGAGCCUGGGGAGACCAUCGUGGAGGCCCUGCAGCGGGAGGUGAAGGAGGAGGCCGGGCUGCACUGCGAGCCUCUGACAUUGCUGUGUGUGGAGGAGCGGGGCCCCUCCUGGAUCCGCUUUGCGUUCCUUGCUCAGCCCACAGGUGGAGUUCUCAAGACUUCCAAGGAGGCAGAUGCAGAGUCCCUGCAGGCGUGCUGGUACCCACGAACCUCCCUGGCCACUCCUCUGCGAGCCCAGGACAUCCUGCCCCUGGUUGAACUGGCUGCCCAGUACCGCCAUCAGGCCAGGCACCCUCGCAUUCUGCCCCAAGAGCUUCCCUGCAGUCUGGUUUGUCAGCGGCUCGUGGCCACCUUUACCAGUGUGGCCACCCAGACCGUGUGGGUGCUGGUAGGCACAGUGGGGGCGCCUCACUUGCCCAUCACUGCCUGUGGCUUCACCCCUAUGGAGCAGAGGGGUGGCAUCAACAUGGCCAUCUUGCGGCUGCUACAGGAGUGUCUGACUCUGCACCACUUGGCAGUGGAGACCAAGGGGUUGCUUGGACUACAGCACCUGGGCAAAGGCCAUACGGAUGGCAUCUGCCUGAAUGUGCUGGUGACCGUGGCUUUUCGGAACCCGGGAAUCCAAAAUGAGCCCCCCGAGGUGCGGGGUGAGAACUUUGUUUGGUGGAAGGUGGUGGAGGAAGACCUACAAAGCCAGCUCUUCCAGAGGCUUCAGGAAUCAUCUGUUGUCCCAGUCAACAGAUAGGAAGGUGCCAUAAGUAGACACGGAGCUGCUGUCUGUGCUCCCUCCACCACGGUUUCGCCUCCCUCUUAGGGAGGCAGGAGGUUGGCAAUCAGGGAUCCCGCUGUAUUGGGAGCAGGAUAGUUCUCCUGCUUCUCAGGGGGGGACUUCCAUCUCUCCUUACCAUGAGCAGGUCCCUACAUUGCACCAGAAGGGACAGUGCCUUUAACCAAGCAAGGAGUCCAGAGCUCAAGGACCCAGUUGCCCUGAGACACAAUGAGGGCACUGCUCCCUAAGGGGAUAUGAGAACGUUCUGAACCCGAGAUAGCAUCUUCUCUUCUACGCCAGGUUCUCAGGCACUUAGAACAUGGAGGAGGUGCCGGGGGAGGUCACUCCAAGGAUUGUGUCCCUUGCUGCGUAAAUAGAUGUUGCUUCCUUUGCCUUCCUGCCUAAAUGUCUCUGUGGGGAGGAAGUGAGCAGGGAGGGGGGACUGCCCUCAGAAGAGAAGCUCCUCCCCUUGUCCCACCCAGGCCUUGCCAGACCGCAGGCUGACAGGCAGGGGCCGGCCUGGUGCUGGGAGCUGGGAGCAGGCAGGCUUCCUGCUGUCCACCUCGGCCUGUCUGGGGCCCACUGAGAACCUCUUCGUCUUGCCUGCCAGGUAGGAGGUGACCACAUCCCCUCCAAGUUUCGAGCAGUGAGAAUGCCAGGGAAGCUUCGGGUAGGCGAGGAGUCAGGAGCUGCCCGGGCCUGGAUUUCCUUCUUGAGCUGAUCCCUCCCCAGUCACUCUGCUGCCGGGGCCCUGGCUCUUGCCUCUGCCUUUUUGUAACUCUAGCCCAAACCAAACCCAAAUCCUCUCAUUUCCCCUUAGCCCAACUGAAUCAUAGUAGGAAUUGUUUAAAGAAAUAACUUGACUAAAAUGUAAAGGAAAACUAAAAGGAAUGAACCAAGAAAAUACAUUGUGUGCUCC